AUAGCUGUGCACUACACAGCAAAAUCCUAAUGUUUCAACUGGAUCAGCUACAUCAGCCGAGCUGAGAGGAGAUCUGCUCGCAGCUCUACACAUAAUGCGACUACCAGCUUCGCCGAAGCUGUUUGGAACACCAUGCUGGGUAUUCCCAAUCCUCGCCGGACUCGCUUGGUUGGUAACCCUUUUGGCCAUACUCAUCGAAUGGAUCGUCAAAGGCUCACCCCACUACCCCGAGAUGUGGCCGAGCCAGCACCUCUCCUACAUCUCCAACGCCGGGGCUUCUGACUGGGGCCAUCCGCUCUUUAUCUCUGGUGCUACAAUCACCGCCAUCUUCUUCUCCAUCACCUUCAUUAGCGAAAGAUGGUUGAGACACAAGGGUAAACUGCUCCACUCUGCAACCAAGUGGUCUUCUGUCUGUUGGGUCGCCGCGGCGGUUUUGACGGCCACAGCUACUUGCGCCCUGGUCCUUUUCACCAUCUUUUGCGUGCGUCGACAUGCUGUCGUUCAUUACACUCUCGUCGCUACAUUCGCACUCGGCUACAUCCUCGCUGCAGCCCUCCUCUGCGCGGAACGCAAGCACCUCUGCAACACCUUCCCUACUCGCCGAAUCCUCCAUUGGUCCCUGCGCAUCAAACUCUUCUUCAUCGCCGUCGAGCUGCUGUUCGUCAUCCUCGGCUCGGUCACGAUGUACCAGCGCAUGUAUCGCACUUCCGUCGUGGUUGAGUGGCUGGCGGCGCUCUUUUUCUCGUUUUACAUGGCUAGUUUUGCUGUCGACUUUUUCGCUGUUCCUGCUGUUGAUGAUGAGAAGGAGAAUGCGUGGGAUUUAAUGAUGCGGUCUUGGGAUGAGGAUGUGGGGAUUACAAGGCCACAAUGGGUGUAUGGGGCUCUGGAGAAGAGGUAUUCUUUGCUCGAGUGAGCUCAAUCUCUGUGAUCGAUGCUUUUGCAAACAAUACCUCAUCUUUCCCGUCUUCGCAAUGGCAUC